CUUUGCUCAAACUAAACACAGCAGCUUCCGGGAUGCACGCGCUGCGGAGGGUCCACCUGUGGGGGGGUCGAGCCCGGAGACAUUUCCACUUGACGGCCCCUGCGUUGACCUUUGACCUGAGGAAAGUUGAACUGACGCCUCUGGAGCAGCGGAAGCUCACGUUCGAUUCCCACGCCAUGGUGACGGAGCUGGAGCGCAGCGGUUUUGAGAAGCGUCAGGCGGAGCUGGUCGUCUCCGCCCUGGUGACGCUGACCACGGCCAACAUCGACAUCGUUUACAGAGACAUGGUGACCAAGUCCCACCAGGAAAUCGCUCUGCAGCAGAUCGUGGCUCAUCUGGAUUCCAUCAGGAAGGACAUGGUGAUCCUGGAGAAGAGCGAGUUCGCCAACCUGCGCUCCGAAAACAUGAAGAUGAAGCGCGAGCUGGAGCAGCUGUGGAACCGACUGAAGGAGGAGACGCUGAGAGUCCGAGCGGAAACCAAACUGGACAUCAACCUGGAGAGCAGCAGGAUGUCGGACAUGUUCACUGAGCAGGAGAAGAAACUGAUGGAGACCACGUCAGAGUUCCACCACAAGAAAGUCGACCUGGAAAACGACAACAUGGAGAUCAACAGGAAGAUCCACCUGCAGGUGGCGUCGCUCAAAACGCUGCUGGAGUCUCUGAAACUGGAGACAGUCACCUACCUGGCAGCGACCGUGUUCUCGUGUCUCGCCAUCGCUCUCGGCGUUUACAGACUGUGGAGGUGAAGCUCCGACCUGGAGCUGCUUUAAUAAAGUGAAAGUACACAAGCA